UUUUUAUUAUAUACAAUGAGUGAUCAAUUCAAAAAUGAUAUUGAAAGAAUCUAGAAACUUAUUGUUUCAAUAAAAUCUGAUAUGAAUAAAAGAGAAUAAAAAUAAAAAGCUGGAUAAUAAAUAACUAUGAUUGAGGGGGAAAUAAGAGGACAAUUAACAAGUUUGGGUAAAGUAGUUUUAGAAAGAAAUUAAUAGAUCGUGAAUUAGUUUUGAUAGCAGAUGUGCUUAAAUAUUAAGAGAACAAUUAAAUGUAGAAGGAGAAUGAAAAAAGAAAGAAUUAGAUAUAGGAAUUAAAGAAUUAGAGAGAUUUAAUUAAGGAUUAAUUUAAUAAAGCUAUUUAAGACACAAGAUAAGAAGUAGCAAUGUAGAAUCUCUAAAGAGAUGAGGCUAAGUUAGCUGCAAUGAAUAACUAAGAGUUACAUAAAAACUAAAAAGAUUUAUAAAUUUAAUAAGAUUAGUUAUUGGAUGGAGCUAAUAAUUAGGUAUGAUAAAUAUGAAAUUAAAUAGGCAAACUAAUUGAAAUAAUAAGGAAAAUAAAUCAAUACAACCAUUAAUGAAUAAAAUAGAUAGUUAGAUUAAUUAAACAUAGAUGUUGAUAAGACAAAUAAUUAGAUGAUGGCUACAAAUAAUAAAUUAACUAAAUUGAUUGCUAAAUCUUCAAACUGUGCAUUAUUGAUCUGUAUAGUAGUAGAAAUCUGUACAUUUGUAAUAAUAUUUAUUUGGGCUUGAAUUGAUCAUAAUAUAAUAUAC